GGCGGGCAGCCCUGUUGUUUCCCUGUAGGUGCGGUUACGUCUUUGCGGCAACUGUGCAGCUCGUAUCAUUUACAUGGAUCCCGAUAUGCGAGUGAAUACUUUAUUGUUAAAAUAAGUGAUAAUUCUCCUGGUUGUCUGUGCAUCUAAGCCUUUUUGGGUUUGGUAAAAUUGUUCAUUUCACAAUGGCAAGGAAUUAUAAAAUGACCGUUGAACAAUGCAUAUCGACUUUCUUUGUAUUUUUCGCGACGUGGAGCACCGUCUGGGCCGUGACUCGUUACUCUGUUCCGGAGGAGAUGAAGGAAGGUGCUGUGGUAGCGAAUUUAGCAGCGGAUCUGGGACUCAAUGUUGGAAGUCUGGUGGAACGUAAGGUAAAGCUUGACAUUUUAAAUAGCAAGAAAUAUCUGGAUGUUAACAAAGAAACGGGAGAACUGUAUGUAUUAGAGAGGAUUGACAGGGAAAAUAUAUGCAGUAUGAAAUCAACGUCUUGUUUACUUAAAAUGGAUGUUGUUAUACAAAACCCUGAACGCAUAUUUCACUUCGAAGUGGAAAUACUAGAUAUCAAUGAUAAUGCGCCACAUUUUCGAAGAGAAAAAAUGUAUUUGGACAUUUCGGAAUUAACGGCGGCUGGAGAGAGAUUUUCCCUCACGAAUGCUGUCGAUCCAGAUGUGGGUUCAAAUUCGAUUAAAACAUACCAUUUAAGUGAAAGUGAGAACUUUAGUCUAGAUAUUCAAACAGGAAGUGAUGGAUCUAAAUAUGCAAACCUGCGUUUAAAAAAAGCUUUGGACCGGGAGGGACAAGCUAUGCAUAAUCUGAUACUCACUGCAGUAGACGGCGGAGUCCCCGUGCGAUCCGGUACCACCAGCAUCAUUGUUCGCGUUCAGGAUGUGAAUGACAACGCCCCUCAGUUUGAUCGCCAAAUUUACUAUGUUAAUAUUUCAGAAAAUUCACCUAUCGGAACUCCCGUUAUGAAAUUAAAUGCUACUGACUUAGAUGAAGGUUUAAACGCUGAAAUACUGUAUUAUUUCACGCUUUACACAUCUGAAAAAACGCAAGAUUUGUUUUCUUUGGAUUCCAAUACAGGAGAAAUAAAAGUAAAAGGUAUUAUUGAUUUUGAGGAAAUAAAAACACUUGAGAUGCACAUCCAGGCUAAUGACAAAGGUUAUAAUCAGCUUUCAGGGCAGUGUACAGUAAUGGUGUUUGUUACUGAUGUUAAUGAUAACCAUCCUGUUAUCGCUAUUACGUCUCUAAAAACUACAGUAAAGGAGAAUGUUCCUGUAGGUACAAUAAUAGCGCUCAUAAGCAUUAGUGACAGAGACUCGGGAGAAAACGGCAUAGUCAGCAUUAGGAUAAACGAGCAGCUGCCGUUUGCGUUAAAUAAAUCGUCAGAAAACGAUUUCACACUAGUUGUUUCAGAAUUUUUAGAUCGUGAGAAAGUUCCUGAAUAUGACAUCACGUUAAUUGUCACAGACAGAGGCACGCCUCCUUUGUCUGAUAAUGAAACAAUUACUUUAGAGAUCCUGGAUAUAAAUGACAAUGCGCCACAAUUUCCAAAAUCAUUCUAUACUAUUCCUGUGAUGGACAACAAUGGACCAGGA